UUGUUGCACAUUAGUUUAGAUUAUUUUGUCAUAUUUAAAACCUUUUUUAAGCAAUUGGGUGUUGGGGUUUAGUUGCGCAACAUUAACACAACCAACUUUAAACGUAGUAACAUUACUCGGGGAGGAUUGCUUAAGUCGUUUUUUUUUUGUUUUUUUUUUAUUUAUUUUUUUACAUUUAUUAUUAUUUUUGAUUUCUUGCAGGAGCAGCGUUACUGAACCAAAGUUUUUUGUAUGAGUUGCGGAUAAGGAGAGGCAAAGGGGAAAAGGCCUCAAGCCUCGGACGGGAUUUUAAAGCAAUGGCCGGUAAUUUUGAUGCAGAGGACCGUGGUAGUUGGUACUGGGGGAGGCUGAGCCGUCAGGAAGCCGUGUCUCUCCUGCAGGGACAGAGACAUGGCGUUUUCCUGGUGAGAGACUCAAUAACCAGCCCCGGAGACUACGUGCUGUCCGUUUCAGAAAACUCAAAAGUGUCUCAUUAUAUAAUCAACAGCAUCAGUAACAACCGGCAAUCUGGCUCAGGUUUGGCUCCUCCUCGGUUUCGGAUUGGUGAUCAGGAGUUUGAGGCGCUGCCGGCCCUACUGGAAUUUUAUAAGAUCCACUACCUGGACACCACCACACUCAUAGAGCCCAUAAGCAAGGCCAAGCACGCAGGAUUCAUCAGCUCCGCCGCUGCUGGCCCCCCCCAGCAGCCCGACGAGGCUGAGUUUGUCCGGGCGCUGUUUGACUUUCCCGGCAAUGACGACGAGGACCUCCCCUUCCGCAAAGGGGACAUCCUCCGCGUUUUGGAAAAGCCGGAGGAGCAGUGGUGGAACGCCGCUAACCAGGAAGGCCGAGCCGGAAUGAUCCCCGUGCCUUACGUGGAGAAGUACCGGCCCGCCUCGCCCUCUUCCGCUGGCCUUGGUCCCCCGGCUGCGGGGACGGGACAGGGAGGUGUUGGAGGUGUAGCGGGCAGCACAGAUGGAACAGGGGCCCCUCAGGUUAGCCCUCUGGGGGACCCGGGCCAGUACGCCCAGCCAGUGGUCAACACGCAGCUUCCCAACCUACAGAAUGGGCCCGUCUAUGCCCGAGCCAUUCAGAAGAGGGUGCCCAACGCCUACGACAAGACGGCGCUCGCUCUGGAGGUGGGCGACAUGGUAAAAGUGACCAAGAUCAACGUUAACGGCCAGUGGGAGGGCGAGUGCAAAGGCAAGCGAGGCCACUUCCCUUUCACCCACGUCCGACUGUUGGAACAACACCAUCCUGAUGACGAGAGCUGAGAAACACAACAGCACACUCCCAAUCACUCGACAGUGUCCAGCACAUCCCUUCCCUUCGGUCUUUUUUUAAUUUUAUUUUUGUCAUCAUGCUCAGAAUGAAAGAUUUAUAUAAGCACACAGUUUAUGAACCUUUUUGAGCUAAAGCCGGUCAGCAGCUUCUGAUCUCCGCCAAUGCAAGACGUGACGAUGGCCGUCGGUCUCACGAAGAGUUUACACUACGGUCAGACUGAUAUCGGUUUGCUUAUAUUAGCUUUUGACGUCCUCUCUGACCACAGCCACUUAAAAAUUCUCUGACGCCUGCAGUGACAUAUUCCUCGCAUGCAGGAAGAUAUAGCAGCAUUUAUUUGUUAAAUAUUUAUUAUGACGAGAUAAACAGUUAGUCUAGCUGAAUCUUUUAAGUAUUCCAUAGCUGUAAACCUGUUUCAUGGACAUUUUAACAGCAUUUUAAUGAGCAGGUAAAGAGAUGAGAUGGUUUGUAAGGUUGCUUUCACAUCUGUUUGAUGGAGUUCAAAUUAAUUCAGGUGAUUUUUUUUUUUUUUUUACAUGUUUGAUUCGGUUGAUUUUGGCUGAUGUUAUAAGCUGUUAAUCGGCAGCUUUUUGGUGUGGACAAAACAACUGGACAGUCCUUUUUUCAGCCUUGUUUCUACCCAUUUGUCAUUAUUUAUGACACUUGAAGCCUGGUUACAGUCUUGACUAAUAUCUAAAAUAAUGCAAGUGUUGUUUUCAGUUGCUGACAUUUGACUGUCACUAAAAUAGUAGCUUAACAACUGACAGAAUAUUAAUCUCUAACUAUUUUGACAACAAACAAGAACACCAAAUAUUUUCUGUCUUCAACUUUUCAAUGUGAUGAUUUAAUGCUUUAAUCUUCAGGUUUGAACCUUUGCUUGGUUAAAACAAGACAUCUGAAUAAAUCCAUCACCUUUGACUCUAGGAAAGUAUUUUCUGACAUUUUAUAGACCAAAUAAUAAAAGGAGAAAAUAUUUUUCCGGUUAAUUGAUAAUGAAAAGAAUCGCUUGUUGCUGCCCAUCACCAAAACUGUCCUAUUGACGAGUUACCUGUCAGUCCAUAUCAACUGUCACAGCUUUUUGCUUGUUUGAAAUUAGUCAGUGUGAACAAGAAAUAGACCACAAACACAACAACACGUGUCGUUUUAUGACCAAAUCAGUCAAACUACAGAUGUGAAAGCAACCUAAGGAGCUUUUAGACAUUUGUGCUAUUUCUUCACCAACAAGUGGACGUGGUUAGAUAGAAGCUGCUCAUUUUGAAUGCAAUGAAAAACCUGGGAAAUUAUUCAUUUUUUUAAAGAGUUUGAAUACUGGAGAAUAAACGCCAGAAACCGAUAUCAGUCGAACCCUUGUUUUCACACCUCCAGCCCAGUAUUGAAGUCUGCAGCACACAUACACAGCAGCCUACUGUUCCCUUCCUGUGAUAUCUAUCCACCCCAAACCCACUACAUUACUUUUUUAUUUUUUAUUGUUACACAGAAGGGAAAAAUAAAAAAACACAGGAGACAAAACACUUGACAUCUCUCACAGAAUCAUGAAUCAGUGAGUUUUUGUAGUGCUCGACUGUGAACUUCGGAGUGAAACGAACAAAAACACAAAGACUUUUCAUGAUGACUCCGUCUUGCAGAGAAGGACGGUCCUCCUUGCAAAGACAACUUCACCAAUACCAACUUAUUACAUACCACACUACAAACCAAGUCCUCUUUUUUUGUACUAAAAGUGGAAAAUAUUAUGAUAGAAUUGACUAUAUAUAUAUACACACCUUACAUGCUAAAUACUGUAAACAUUUGUUCCUUCCUUUAUAUUUGAUUUUCUUUUUUUGUUACCAGAGACUGUAAACCUUUAUAUUAUUUUAUGUUCCUCUUGUUUAAAAAAAAACAAAAAAAAAAACACUAUUGAGUGCCAACAUGGAUGACUUCAAAUGCAGCCAUGUGAAAGAACAAGAGACGCAGCGUUUGAAGCAGAAAGGAAAGUUUCCCCCUGAGGCUGUUUUUUUUUUCUUUCUUUUCUUAAAUUUAUAAAAAUGAAAUGAGAAAGGUCUUUUUUUUAUUUUUGUCUUCCAGCAGGGUUGUUAUGACAUUGUCACUCUUGAGAUGCUUUAAAUAUAAAAUCCACCCUAAAAACACUAAUGCUAUUACAUUUGUAUGUAUACCUUUUUAAAAAAAAAAAAAAGAAGCAGACAUUAUGUCACUGUCAUUUCCAGUGCUGUGUUUGACAUUUUGCUAUCGGAAUGUUCGUCAUCAGCUUUUUUCCACAUUUAAUACACAAGCUGUGAUUUAUACGUAAAGCUUUUAGGAUAUGGCAACAAGUAUGCAGAGUCAAACCAACAAUUAAUUAAUAACUUACAAGUAUUGUGUGUGUGCAUCCAAAGCCUGAUAUAUAUCUUACUCCUCUGUGCUGUAGAGCUCUGUCGUUGUCCAAAAUGCUAUUAAAAACGUCUCAGUGAGCAACAACGCUGCACUGGGUGACAUUUACCGUCAUUAUGAAGAUUAUGGUCAUGUUAGUUUAUUAAGAAACGGCUCCGAAGUUGAUUAAGAGUGAUCACAUUUUCAAUUUCUAGAGAGUUGUUCCUUAUUCUUUGACUCCUCUGUGCAUUCUGUUAACGGCGCUUCAUUAGCUUGUUGUGCUACAUAUCGCAACCUCUUCACCCCCUUAGUAAAGUUAUAUACAUUUUAUAGUGUAGAAUAAAGUCAAAAGGUUGUGAUGUGUCAUAUAACAAGUAAGCAAAGCAUUAUUAAUAUAGCACAUGUUCAGUGGAGUCUGCAUUACACAGAACUACUCUCCUGAAACUUAAAAAAAUAAAGAGAUCGCUGUUAUUUGUCUUUAAAGCCGUUUUCAAACAGUAAUGUUCAGCAGUAAUGUGUGUUUUUUAAAUGGUUUUUUGGACAUCAAAAGUCUACGGCACAGAAAGAAUAAGAUAUAUCAGGCAUCACUUUUAAGUAGAUCAGUUCAUUGUUGGUUUGUCUCUGGUGACAAUAAGUAAAACAGAGAAUCACCAGCACACUGAGCAUCAGGUCAAUAUGAAAGCAAAGCAGAAAAUGGUCUUUUACUGUAUGAAUUUUUAACUCUCUUUGGUUAAAUGUCCCAAUAUUUUGUUUCAGAAUGCGUCCUUUUCCUCAGGCAGAGCAAUCACUAACUUGUUGGUGUCUUUAUUAUAACAUUAUGUCCAUUGUAACUCUGAGUAAAGCAAGUGAACACUUAAAAAUGGUUAUAAAAUGUGGUAAAUGAGUGUAACCAGUGUCAAUAACACAAAUCAUCCUGUGGUUAAAGUCUUAUUUUUAAUAUAUCAAACUACAAUUGGUUGUACCUUUUUUUUUUUUUUUUUUUUUACAUAUUCUUUUGCCUAUGAUGCAUGAAUGAAAUGGAUGUCUUGAAUAUUAGGCAGUGCUUGAACUACAAUAGGAACAGGGGUGAGUGACGAACCUCAACUGCACAUAGAAGUUGGUUGUUUUUUGUUUUAUUGUCAGCCACCAGGGAGGAUCUGCUGAUUAACGUCCUCUCUACCUCACGUCUGCUGUCAAUAAAGUAAAG